UUUUGAAAUGUUUUUUCAGCUAUGUAAGCAUGCACUGGGUAAGAAUGGAGUGCAUAUGCUGAACUAGAGCUCUAUAUGGCACCGAUUUACUGGCAAAUAUGGAUCCCAUUGGUGUGAAAUCUAUGCUUAUCUUUUACAAAAAGAGUGAAGAUAGUUCAAGUCCCAAGAGACAACGCCUUUCUCAUUCAGUCUUUGACUAUACAGCAGCAUCACCAACUGCAUCACCGCCAAUGCGACCAUGGGAGAUGGCGUCAAAUAGACAGCCUCCUUUGGCUCGGUCCAACCAACAUCACUUCUCUGGGGAACGCUGCAGCACACCUGCACGAAGUAGGAGGAGUCCUCCUGUUCGCCGUCAGAGAGCAAGAAGGGAUCGUCUGUCUCGACACAAUUCUGUUAACCAAGAUGAAAACUAUCAUCAUCUCUCCUAUGGACAGCAGCAAACAAUAGAAGAGCCCCAAGCCUUUAACCCUCCAAAUAUAUCCCAUCGUAUGUUGCACCCAGCUGCUCACCCGCCACAGCAGAACACAGUGAUGGUUGACAUUCAUGAUCCGAUCCAUCAAGGCGCAGUCCCCGUCUCAUACACGGUGACAACGGUGGCACCACAUGGAAUUCCACUUUGUACAGCCCAGCACAUACCACCCUGCAGCACACAGCAAGUCCCAGGUUGUUCUGUGGUAUUCAGUGGACAGCACCUUCCUAUCUGUAGUGUGCCUCCUCCAAUGCUUCAGGCGUGCUCAGUCCAACAUCUACCAGUACCAUAUGCAGCAUUCCCACCUCUGAUUUCUAACGACCCAUUCCUUUUGCAUCCUCCUCACCUCUCUCCGCAUCACCCGUCUCACCUGCCACCUCCAGGGCAAUUUGUUCCCUUCCAAGCACAGCAGUCACGUUCACCACUUCAAAGGAUAGAGAAUGAAGUAGAACUGCUUGGAGAACAUCUUCCUAUAGGAAGCUUUACCUACCCUCCAUCAACUCAUCCACCAACAUUGACUUCCUCAGCUCCUAUCCAAUUCUUAACCCAUGAUCCUUUACACCAAGAGGUUUCAUUUGGAGUUCCUUACCCACCUUUUAUGCCUCGAAGACUCACAGGGCGCAGUAGAUACCGAUCACAGCAACCAAUACCACCACACUCGUACCAUCCCAGCCUAUUACCAUAUGUGCUAUCAGUGCUUCCAGUGCCACCUGCAGUUGGACCAGCUUUCAGUUUUGAGUUGGACGUGGAAGAUGGAGAGGUAGAAAACUAUGAGGCACUGCUGAAUUUGGCAGAACGUCUAGGAGAAGCUAAGCCUCGAGGACUGACAAAGGCAGACAUUGAACAGCUUCCAUCUUAUAGGUUCAAUCCAAGCAAUCAUCAGUCAGAACAGACAUUGUGUGUAGUGUGUAUGUGUGACUUUGAGGCAAGGCAGCUACUUAGAGUCUUACCCUGUAACCACGAGUUUCAUGCCAAGUGUGUUGAUAAAUGGCUUAAGGCAAAUCGUACCUGCCCAAUUUGCAGAGCUGAUGCUUCAGAAGUGCAUCGUGAUUCAGAAUGACUAACCUAAGAGCACAAAUCUGUUUUGGGUGUUCCUGGUCACGUGUAUAUAUGAACUAUCCAUUGAACUUACCCAUGUGGCUUCCAGCAUUCCCUUUACACUAAAGGGUCGAUGAACAUUUCUUUGCACUGUGCGACUUAAUCAAUUAUAAAGCUUAUAAUUAAGCCAUCACAAUUGUGGGAUUGCUAUACUAACUGCGUGAUUGGAACUCCAAAGACUUUUUUUAGCUUAAUUCUGUGUAUGCACUAACUUUUCCUGGUUUUUGUGUGAUCAUUCCAAGUGUUGCUGCAAGAGUACAGUGGACAUGAUCUUUUAGCAUGUGCUUUUAUAAAAAAUGGUAGCUCUGAACAACAUAGCAAUCUACCUUCAGAUACUGUGAGUGGGCAUGAAUGGGGGGGGGUGAGAGGAUGUGUGAAGUGCACUUGUGACUGGGUGUGUAUAUGUGUUUGAGAACAUAUAUACCAGCAUGUACUAAGAAUGUAUGUAUGUAGUAUUAACUAUGCUGCAAUGUAUAAUCUUAUGUUAUUUAAACAGUACUAGUACUGUACACUGGUUUCUUUCCUUGUGUUUGGAGUCGCACACUGAAUGCAGAAGGUCCUGCAAUUAUAGACAUUUAAUAUUUCCUCCCCAAUAUACUUAAUGGUAUAAAAAGACUUUUUUACUUGCUAUUCAAACAGAUGUUAUGCUUCCCCUUUAUUGGAGGCUUUUAAGUGCACCUCUAAAGAGUGUGUUC